AUGUCCAACGAAGGUCGAUGCAAUUGCGGAAGCAUCAAGGUCAAGCUACCCGACCCUGCUCCCUCGCCCAUCCUCUGCUACUGCUUCAAUUGUCGACGAGCAAGCGCAGGAAUCUGCUCGGCCAAUUACAUGGUCCCAUGGGCGGACGUGACUGUCAGCGACCCCAACAAAGCGCUGAAGACGUACAAAGAUAGUGACACCAUAUCCGGCAAUACCAUCACCCGUCACUUCUGCGGGACUUGUGGAUGCCCGAUAUACAGUUUGACUUCGCCGGAUUCUCCCAUGGUCAUCUUGAAAGGUGGGCUGUUUGAACACACUCCGGCUCCGAUACAUGAGGUCUUCACUCAGGAUAAGGUCCCGUGGGCGAGCUUCCAGAUCCAAGAGAAAAAGGAGAAUUUGUAG